UACGAGACUCGCGGGUUGUAUCCUGACAAUACAUCGGUUCUCUCUUAAAACUGGGAUUCACAUACAGCUCUUCCUCAUACUUUACUGGUCAAUUGAGAGUGAAUAACCACGUAAGCUGAAAACCUUUCAGAGCGUAAUUCUGUCAGAGUUAUGUUAACUGAACGACCUUCCAGGUAGGCUUCUAACCUGUCACCAGCUUUGGUAUGUUGGACAUUGAUGACAAUGUUCUCGAGUUUGCCUUCAAGUGGACACUAUCAAGUUUCAACUGGGAUGAGAAUCUCAGGAACUGCUCAUUCAAACGCCUCGCACGGAGAUUCUGAAUCUAUUAAUCUUAGUCGCUCUGCUCCUAUAUUCGUGAAGAACAGCACCUACAACAAUAAUAAAGAGAAGCCUGUGCUGUCACCACCUGUGUUCGUCUUUCAGAGAUUCGCAUCAAUGAAGAGAAGAGCAGAAGAUGAUAUAAAUGGGCCCACUGUAAGCAAAAGAGUCCGAUCCUUCACCUACCCCAAUAUAAAUGGCCGAUCCAGAAGAGGUAGCGUAGACAGAGACAGACGAGUUUUGUCCAGUUCUUUCUCCUUCCCUCCACCCCUGCCAGUCUCAAGAUCAAAUGUGUUCAUGCCUUCAAGCCUUUGCAAUGCUAACAAAGUCUCAUCUGACAUGGCCACUGUCGGUGCUCCAUGCAUCAGAGUGAAGAGGACCUUGCUGAGGCCUGCUGUCCUGCUGGCUCCUAAACCCAGGAGAGACCGACAGCAUCUCCAGGUGAGCCUCAAUUCUGCAGAUGACCUGGACAGAGUCAGCAUUGACCAGCAGACGUCCACUAGUGCCUAUGAUCAACUUUCAUCAUGUUCAGCUGAUAGCAGUCACGUGAAGCUGGAAAGACCCAACCAGAGUAGCAUCCAGUUUGUGUUUGGAGAGAACAUGAGUGAGAGGGUGCUGAAUCCACUGAAAAGUCCGUAUAGUGAAGAGGUGUCGGACUCUGAUAGCAGUUCCUCAGAUUCGGAAUCAUCGAGUCCAGACACAUCUCACAACUCAACAGUGAAACGCUCCCUGUGGGAAUCCGCUGCAGCCACCACUGCGUCCUGCAGGAGGCACUGUUUGCUUAAACAGGUGCAGGUGAUCACAGGCGAAGAGCGAGAGAGCAACGUUGUCCAGCUGUCGUGCAAGCUGUUUGUGUUGGAGAGGGGAACACAGUCGUGGAGUGAGAGAGGAAGGGGCAUCCUGCGGCUUAAUGACCUGGCAACGGGAAACCGAGGCGAGCUCCAGUCCAGGAUAGUCAUGAGACACCAGGGCAGUCUGAAGCUGAUCCUCAACACCAAGCUCUGGCCACACACGCAGCUGAAGAGGCCCGCUCGGCGCAACCUCCAGGUGACCGCCACCGACCUGGAGAGCCACGCCAUCCGAGUCUUCCUCAUCCAGGCCGGGGCGAGGGACAUCACGCGGCUGCACGCCGCCAUCCACCACCGCCUGGUGGGGAUGCACUGCCGCGCCGGACUCAGGGACCGUAACGGCUCCAGUGACGACGAGGACGAGAGGGGAGACUGCCGGAAAGACACUCAGGAAGCCUGGAGUCCAUGAUUGGAAGGACCGUGCAGAUCGGAUCCUUAAAACGGGCUUACUGCUGGUUACUUAUCCCACUCAACUUGAUAGGAUGUGAGGAAGACACCAAACACUGUGUCUGUUAGUUGAAUUGCUACAACAGUUUUUGCCAAAGAACAAUUUUGUCUGUUUUUUUAUGGACAAAUUUCCGUUAUGAAAGCAGUAAAAACAAUGUUAAUGCUCAUAUAACCAUCUUUCACUGGAAGAAACUCUUUGUGAGGAAAUGGAUAUUUUGAAAGUUUUGACUUUCAAAAUGGAGUCUUAUAUAAUAUUUAUAUGAAAGAAAAUUUCACAAUUAAGAACAUUUAAACAAAUACAUAGCUAGGUAUGAACAUGAUAAUUUACCAUGAACAUGAGAUAUGCUGAUUGCACAGAAUUGAUUGAAAGUUGUAUUCAUAGUCAUAAAUGCCUGUGUUAUUGCAGCCAAAUGGACUUGAGCAUUCUUUUGAAUUCAACCUCUGAUCCUGAUCUGCUAUUUUCUAUUUCUAUUAGCAGAGCGGGUCCUUGCUCGUUUCUGUUGGGUUUAUGCUGUUUAUCAUAAUAUUAGUGAUAAUUUGACAAACUUACUAACUACAGAAUGUGAAUGCCUAUUUGGGUGUAUAUGCAUCUUAAGUUACAGAUUUUAGGAUUAAGGAUGUUGAUGCUUUUCCUCAACUUUGAUAGAACGUGAUAGAACAGAGAAAGGAACAAAGAGGGUAUUUUUUGUGACAGAACAGAAAAAGAGACACAGAGGGUCUUUUUGUGACAGAACAGAGAAGAGGGAUUUUGUAGGUCCGUAAUGUUAGCAAGCAGACAUAAGUGAUUUGAUGCAACACAUAACCUUGUUCAUCAUUUUAAUUUCUAAUGUGUGUGUCACAUGACAUUAACACACUUAAUAAAUUUACCAGGGAUGAAAAUGUCUAGUCACAAAUCACCAGGUGAACACAACAGUAUAUCAAUGUACUUAGUGUAUAUUCUUUUUAAGAAAGUAUGCCAUUCGGUAUGAAAUGCCAGUGAAUCAAAAAUCUGCUAAUGAACAGAGAAGUGCUGAGAUGAAUUGGGAUAUGCAUUAUUAGUUAAUCGCUAAUUAUGUUUGUGUUGGCAGUAUUAUCACCAAUCCAGUGCAGACAUUGUUCUAAAGAGUUCCAGAGUUUAAAGCUGGACUUUAAUUAUGUGCACUUGCAAGUAUGCACCUGUGUGAUUUGGGUCCAUCAAGUCAACAUGUUAAAUUUGGGGGUUAAGUGGGAUUAAGUGAUGAAAGAUUAUAUUAUUAUUAUUAUUAUUAUUAUUAUAGGCUAAUUUAAUUCUGUCUUUAACAACUUGCAUCCUUUUUGUCCUUUUUAUUAUUUGUUUUUGUUUGUUUUGGUAGGGAAAUAUCAGCUACAUUUUCUUUAUGCUGUUUCAAUACUGAAUGUAAUGAUUUCAAAUGGUCAUCUGGAAUGGAUAUCUCUGCUGCUAUGUCGUAACUGUUCUCUUACCUGCAAAUAUUUUAAGUUGUCAUUGGUUUGUUCCAACAACACUUCUCAUUUCUUUCCUUCCUACCUCUUUAUCUGCUUUUUGAUGCACUGAAAAGAUCAUGAGUUGUUGCUUUUUAAAAAACAAAAACAAAAUUGAGUCACUUUUGGUGUGUAUAAAGGUAUGACUAGCAUCUAGUUAUCACUCUGACAUUUCUAUUAACAUAUUGUAUUAUGUUUUCAUACAGUUCUUAUGUAUUUUCUUAUUAUUUUACCACUCGAAAUUAACAAAAAUGGAGGAAAAUUGCAAGAAUUGUUUUUUUCUAGUUCAGUUGUUUUUAUUACAGUUUAUAUGGGGUGUAUGGCCAUGUUUGACUGCCCUUGUGAAAGCAAAUAAAAGAAUAUAUUAUCUGUA